AUGACUCACCUCUUGCAGUCUCCUCCGUCAACGAGAGACCUUUUGGGAUGGACAUGAAAACCGUACUAAACGAUAUUCUUACUGCGUAUGGCCUCCUCCUAGACUUUGAUGCCGCCUCAGACGGCACACUGUGGAGCAUAGAGAUACGUCCAAAAGAAGGAGCAACAGCCUAUUCUCGGCCCCUCAUCAUCGCCCGCGAAGGCCCUGUCCUACGAUUAGCUCACUACACUGUCUCCACCUAUGAUAUUGAUUACGACCCAUUUGUCGAGUUUGACAUGAGCAGCUCAGAUUGGCCGGUCAUAUCGAUUUACCGGUUUCAUACAGGGUAUCAGUGUUUCGAUCCAAAUGGAGCGGAGCAGGACGAGGCCAGGGCGUUUAUCAAAGAGUGGGCGGAGGGGCUGGUGGAGCGAGGGUACUGCGAUGCGAGUCACGGAGUGGUUGUAGGGAUGGGCCGCGGGAAGGCCAAAUUGUGAUCAGCAUCAAUUCACUGCAUUUUGGACCACACCGCAUUGAGUGUAUUUAGACAGCACAUGGUGUGCCAAAGAGAAUGAUUGCAGGAUUUGGACCAUUCACCAUUUUCUCAAGAUAACACUGUCUUCCAAGCCCAAGCCCAUCCAAUUCUUUAGAUUCAAUAAUUAUUGACCAGCAGUGACCUCUAUAAGAUAACUCGCAUUCGCC